AAAACAGGGUGAUACGUAAUUAAACACAAAACACAAAGUUUUGAUCCCAACAUGGGCUUGUUUACUCUUACAACUUAGUUCUAUAGCCGUGAACAUUAAACCUGCUUAGACCAACAGCCCAGGACCAAUAGUCCUUUUACGGGAGCCCUUGGAGCCGGUUUGGCCACUCCUUUGGUUUAGUUUGAUGGUCUCUGAGGACAUUAUUUUGAAUUGCUAACCUAGAUACAGCCACUGCAUGAAGGGGACAACCAACACAGACUCCUCACAUACUGCAGGAAUUCAUUCAUUGAUGACAGUGUUUACCAAGUGACUUGUUGUUAAAUGCGAACAAAAAACUACCCCACAGACCUUCGACAUCACGUAGCAUCAUGGAGCCUGAAGUGAAGUUAAACUUGAUGAAUGGGGUUGGUGCCCUUGUGCAGCCCAAGCCUAAAACUCAGGCAAGAGAACAGUGGGCAAAUAAACUGGAGUUUCUUCUGGCUGUAGCGGGUCACAUCAUUGGCUUGGGAAAUGUAUGGAGGUUUCCUUACUUGUGCUACAAGAAUGGAGGAGGGGCAUUUUUUGUGCCAUAUAUAUUGUUUCUCAUCACCUGUGGGAUUCCACUGUUCUUUUUGGAAACGUCAUUGGGUCAGUACACCAGUCAAGGUGGAAUCACGUGUUGGAGAAAAAUCUGCCCGCUUUUUGAAGGACUCGGUUAUGGUAGCCAAGUUGUCGUCCUCUAUACUGGAGUCUAUUACAUUAUUAUUCUUGCUUGGGCAUUUCUCUACCUCUUCUCUUCCUUUACCUCAGAACUGCCAUGGGCCAGCUGCAAAAACUACUGGAACACGGAGCACUGCAAAGAGUUCGUCAAGAGCAACAUCACGAACAACAUCACCGAAUAUUCAUCAGAGAAAACAACAUCACCUGUUAUUGAGUUUUGGGAGAGGCGAAUUUUGGGCUUGUCAGAGGGAAUAGAACAGAUUGGUAAUGUUCGGUGGGACUUGGCACUAUGCCUCCUGUUGGCCUGGAUCAUCUGUUACUUCUGUGUGUGGAAGGGAGUGAAGUCCACGGGCAAGGUGGUCUACUUCACUGCUACUUUUCCUUAUUUAAUGUUAGUAGUGCUGCUGGUUCGAGGUCUUACUCUUCCUGGAGCAAAGAAUGGGAUUAUCUUCUACCUGUACCCGGAUCCAGCACGUCUCGCAGACCCUCAGGUGUGGAUGGACGCAGGCAGCCAGAUAUUUUACUCCUAUGGAGUUUGUACUGGAGUGCUGACCGCUUUGGGCAGCUAUAACAAAUAUGACAACAACUGCUACAGAGACUGUGUAUACUUGUGUCUGCUAAACAGCUUAACUAGCUUUGUGGCUGGUUUUGCAAUUUUUUCUGUCCUGGGCUUCAUGGCAGAUGAACAGGGGAUGGAUAUUUCAAUGGUGGCUGAAUCAGGUCCUGGUUUGGCAUUUAUCGCAUACCCCCGUGCUGUGGCUUUAAUGCCUUGUCCUCAGUUAUGGGCAGUCUUUUUUUUCAUAAUGAUCAUAUUUUUGGGACUGGACAGUGAGUUUGUGUAUCAUGAAGCUCUGGUAACAUCUAUCACGGAUAUGUAUCCAUCUUUCUUUCAAACUGGACAUCGGCGUAAAUUUCUUCUCCUUUUCAUAUGCUCUGCCAGCUUCCUUGUUGGUCUGCUUAUGGUAACAGAGGGCGGCCUGUAUGUCUUCCAGCUGUUUGACUAUUAUGCCUGUAGUGGAAUGACCCUUCUUACCUUUGCCAUCCUACAAUCCAUUUGUGUUGGAUGGGUAUACGGGGCAGAUCGUCUGUAUGAUGCCAUUGAAGAUAUGAUCGGAUACAGGCCAUGGCCCUUCAUGAAGUGCUGUUGGAAAUAUCUAACACCAGUUAUAUGCACAGGAACAUUUAUCUUCUCCUUGAUAAAAUACACCCCUCUGAAGUUCAACAAUGUGUAUGAGUACCCCUGGUGGGGUUAUGCCAUUGGGGCAUUCUUCACACUUUCCUCCACUCUGAUGGUUCCAGUGUGGAUGAUGUACGUGGUCUGCAACACACCAGGAUCUAUGCGACAGAGACUAAAAAUCUUGUGUACCCCUGCUGAAGACCUGCCAGAUCCUAAACACCCUAAACAGAAGCAAAACACUCACACUUUUGAGACCUUCACAGACCUAUUGACUUUACGCACAGUUCACACACCAAACUCAAUACCUCAGAGAGACAUCAUCUAACUGUUCAGCAUGAUAGUCCUUACCCAAUCUGAUCUCUUCAGCACACACCAAACGUACAGCAUACAGUAACGGCUUUUUUUUAUAAAUACUUUUCAUAGUAGUGUUUUAAAAAAACAUAUUGAAUAUGUAAUGUUUUGCAGCUUUCUCUUGAAGAUGUAUAAUAAGUAAUUUAAGACAGGAUGAAGUAGUGUACAAAUGUACAAAAGAUGAAAUACUGUCUAUUUUGUGGAUAGUAGUUUUUUCUGUGUUCACUUAUUUUUACCAGAAUAAAAAUAUUUAAUUAUUGUG